CCGAGUUUCAGGCGGGGACUGAAAUAUAAAAGCCUCAACUCACAGCCCCACUCUCUACCUUUUUCCUGCCUUCUCUCUUUCUUGCUGUUGUACGCGUUUUCCCGGCGUUGAUACGUCGUCAUGUUGAGCAAAACAGGCACAGCGACUGCGCUUUUCGCAGUUGCUUCCUCUUUCGUCGGUUCGGUAUGUGCAAUUUCCAAAGUUAAUAGGAGCGGCAGAUACCUUUACGACGAAGGGGGCAAUAGGUUCUACAUCAAAGGCAUAGCAUACCAAGAGCAGGGCACCGUCGUGGCGAGUUCCGACAAUGCUUUCGGAGAGCCCUCGACUUUCAUUGAUCCUCUCAGCUCUGGCUCUGCCUGCAGCCGUGACUUGCCUUACCUUCAGCAGCUCGGCGUCAAUACCAUUCGCGUGUACAGCGUCAAUUCGAGUUUGAACCACGACGCUUGCAUGAAGACGUUCAGCGACGCCGGCAUUUACACGAUAAUCGAUCUUGCGCUCCCUUUGAAUGGCUCCAUUGAUCGCACCUCCCCUUCUUGGUCAACCAAUCUCUUGGACCAAUACCUCCGGACCAUUGAUGUGUUUAAUCAAUACGACAAUGUCCUCGCUUACAAUGUCGGCAACGAGGUCGUCAUAGCAAAUGGUACAUCGGUGGCCCCUUAUGUAAAGGCAGCGGCUCGCGACAUCAAGGCUUACCUGCAAUCCAAGUCGUCGUCUGCCCUGGUCGGUUACUCGUCCAUUGAUGGCGAUACAAGUUUCCGCCUUCCACUUGCAAACUUUUUCUCUUGUGACCCCUCUGGCGACAACUCGGGUGCAACGGCCAUCGACGUUUAUGGUCUAAAUGAAUAUGCGUGGUGUGGAAAUUCCACUUUUGCAGCCUCUUACGCCAAUAUCGAGGCCGAUUAUGCGGGAUACAACGUCGUGGCGUAUUUUAGUGAAUUCGGUUGUAUAACGGGCGGGCCACGUUUAUGGACGGAAACUCAAGCCUUGUUUAGCUCCGAGAUGUCCGAUGUUUGGUCCGGAGGAAUUGCCUUUUCGUAUUUCCCUGCUUCGAGUGUUCAAGGUCAAUUCGGCAUGGUCAACAUCUCUUCCGAUGGGAGCAGCGUCACCACCGGCGAUGAUUUUGCCCGCCUGAAGACGGAAUAUGGCCAGAUCAGCCCUCCAAACAGUCCUUCUCAGUCGUCUGCUACCACGACAUACCCAGCGUGCCCCACGACGAACGAUACCUUUGCUGCUUCAAGCAUCUUACCUCCCACGCCCAAUGAAGAUGCCUGCAAUUGCCUGUACCGAUCACUUGACUGUCAAUUCACACCGGAUACUUCGAACUACACUGCGAUCGUGGGUGAAUUGAUCAACACAGCAUGCAGUCUCUUAGGCUCUUCGGGUGGGUCGUGUGACGAUAUUGGUGGCAGUGGUGCAAAUGGAACAUAUGGUCGUCUUUCCGGCUGUGAUCCCACAAUUAAGCUUUCAUACGUCAUGAGUGAAUAUUACGAGCGCAACAACAGAAAUGUGCAGGCAUGCAGCUUUUCUGGAAAUGGUACCGUCAACAGCGGUGCAUCGAGCGCGGUGGCAACAAGCGCAGCAACCUCCUGUGUGUCUAACCCCUCUGCCACCUUUGUUCCUUCUUCUCCUGCUACUCUUGCCGGCAGCAAUGGAGGUUCUUCCUCCGUUACUUCCGGAUCUUCAGGCUCCAGUGGUAGUGGCAAGAACGGUGCGGUCGACCUUGUUGCCGACCGCAACGUUGUGUUUGGUAUCUUAGGCCUCGUUGCUGUUGGGGUUAUCAGCGGCAUUUGGACCAUUCUUUGAAGUAAAAGUAAAGGGUAUUCGGAACACUUCUGGACUUGAUACCGUAGUGCAUUCUACAACGGACUCUAUACCAAAUAUUUUUUACGAUAGUAAUUCAUUCGGACCGUGAGAAAGGAUCCCGACAGAC